AUGGCGAGCAGCUCAUUCCCUCCUAAAAUUGGGACCCCGUCCAGUUCAACACAGAGCCAAGUAGACCGGAAAGCCUCAUGGACCCCUCAGACGCGAAACCCUGUCUCAGCUAGGCUUUACAAGGUCUUGAGCACUAAUUUUGAUGAUGAGGAUACCCGACAAGCCCUUCGCACUUUGUCAGACCUCUACGCGACUCCAAAAGGCAAAGAAAUUCAACCUUCCAUUGAAGAGGCAGACGAUGAACUCCUUCAAGAUACAUCUGGCACUUCUGUCUCCAAUGAUUCAGCUUUGAUCGAGCUGGUCCCUGGCGAGUUGGCGGCUCGAGCGCGUAGGAAUCUGCGGCGAGAUAUGGAGAAUCAGUUGGCGGAAGGAAGCAAAAAGUUCCUUGAGGCUCUAGGAGAAGUAGAUGCAAAACUUCAAGAAUUACAGAAACAUGUUGCAGCGAUGAGGGCUAGUUGUGAUGAGGCAGAGACACAAUUGGCACUUACCAACGAAUCCAGCAAGACAUUGCUUGAGAGGGCAGGAAACCUACGUGACGAACGGCAGGAGGUCGAGGAAAAAAAGACAAUCAUAACGCUCUUCCUGGGACGCUUCACCCUCAACGAGAGCGAGGUAGAAGCCAUCUCUUCGAGGGACGUUCCGAUAGGCCAGCGAUUCUUCGAUGCCAUGGAUAAGACCGAAAGGAUCAGAGAAGAUUGUAGGGUCUUAAUGUCUGGAGAGGAUGGUUCCACCAAGGCAGGGCUGGAAAUAAUGGCUUCAACAUCCUCUAACCUGGAACAGGGAUACGAAAAGAUUCUCCGUUACUGCUCUAAUGAAUUCCGACAGGUCGGACGUGACUCUCAACUAGAAGUCAAUUCAGAAAUGCGGGAGGCAGUCAAUAGAUUAAGAAAGCGACCUGAACUGUUAACUGAAGCAUUGUCAUUUCUGUCGGAAACACGUCAAACAACACUCCUUUCUUCCUUCAUCGCUGCGCUAACGCGAGGUGGGCCAUCUGGCUACCCUCGCCCAAUCGAACUUCAUGCCCAUGAUCCAUUGCGAUAUCUUGGCGAUAUGCUCGCAUGGGUCCAUCAGGCUAUUGCCGCAGAGCGCGAAUUUUUGGAAAGUCUUUUUGGGUUGAAACAAGAUGGGCGAAUGGUGGGCAGUGUCAGAAAGUUUGAUACUAAAGACGAGGAGGAAGAGUGGAUACGAGAACUGAUGGACCUGGCGGUUGCAAAGCUUUGCGUUCCAUUAAAAGUACGCGUACAACAAACCAUUCGCUCUCAGGAAAGCAGUAUAGUGUCGUACAAAAUUGCUAACCUUCUUCAAUUUUAUUUGAUGACCAUGAGACGCACGAUCGGAGAGCAGGCUCUGCUUUCCACUACUCUCAAAGAGAUUACUGAUACAUCAUACAAAGUGUUCUAUGAUUCUAUCGAAAACCAUAGCCGGACCAUCUCUCGUGUUCGACUGGAUCACGACGACCCUUCUCUUGCCCCACCAAUCGUUGUGCUCGACCAUACCCAGGUCCUUCGAGAAGUCAUGACAGUGUACCAAUCCUCACUUCUCGGAGACGAGGACGAAGACGAAAUUAACUCCGGAUUCAACCAGGUCCUAGACAUCAUGGUUGAUCCAAUUAUCGGAAUGUGUCUUACAAGUGGCGAGGAAAAGAAGAACGCUAGGCCACGGUGGGAUGAGGCAGUCUUCGUGCUUAACUGCUUAUGCUAUCUCCAGAGUGUUCUCAGUGCAUUUGAAUUUACGGUUAAGAAACAGGCCGACAUCCAGGCUAUCAUUGACGAAAGAAUAGCCCUAUUGACCGCGGAGCACAGUACCAAUGUGCUCAGCGACGCAGGGCUGCUACAGGUAGCAGAGGCGUGUCGCAACCAUAAGUCAAAUUCAACGAAUGCUAUACUGAUUGUUGUCGAGCAGGAGCCACUGUCUCGGAUGCCGGCAACUCAGCCUUCGGAUCUACAGCAAGCGCUACACCACUUUUCUUUAUGGCUUUCCGGGCCAGAGGUGGUGCAAUCACCGCGCUUGGCACAAUUAACCGUACAGCGGAUGCACACAAAGAUCCACCAAGAUGCCUUGGCGAGGCUGGCAAAAACAUAUAAAAUGAUAUGUGAGGAGAUCAAGAAGCCGGAAAACAGAUACGAAGCUGCAUCGACCUUGCUCGGAAGAGAACGUCCUUUUGGCCAGGUUCACCUUCUGUGGCAAGUCUUUGGGCUUGAGGAGGAAGAUUAUGAAGACAAGGAAAAUGAAAGUGAUGAAGCUGAUUCGGAUGAAAGCGAUGAGCAAGGCGAGAGCACGGACUCUGGUGACAUUGCCAAAGCAAGCAAGCCAGAUAAAGAUCAAGAAGUAACUGAUGAAGAAGAGUCAGAUGAUGAAUCGGAAUGUGAGCAAUUCGAUUCAUAG